UUUGACUUGUCAAAGGAGUGUUCGGUGUCAAUUUUUGGACUGAAAUAAACCAUCUUUCGAACAAUAUCAAACAUCAAAUAGCAAUGAAAACUGCUCAAAGGACAUAGACAGACAUGUCACGCUGAAAUUUAGGUCCAUUGAACACGGAAACAAGAUGUGGUGGCGUCUUUUGCUCCUGUGCAUCUAUGCUGCCAUACUUUUUGUUUUGGCAAGAAUUUUGGAAACCGUUGCUUUUUACGAGCACGGUUUUGUGGCGAGUCGUUUACUGGACCCAUUCUCAUUGAGUGUCAGUCGCCUCAAGCUUCUCCUAGAUCAGCGUGGAAUAGGUUACCAUGGGAUCGUGGAGAAGAAGGAAUUGUCCGAGAUGCUUGAGAACACAGGCGAUGUGACAGAUGGUGAACUGGACUGUGCUAAGAGUGAGGAAGAGGAUGCCCUGCAAGUUAGUCACAACUUCACCAGCGGCUCUCAUUUCUAUGAAGAAGUCGAGGACACUAAGGACAGCAUCUGGUUGGUUCAUGUCAUGAAAGAUCGCCAUUCUGCUGUGCUAAGCGAAUUAGACUGGCGGAAUCUGGUGAAGAAAUUGGUACGCUUUGGAGUUCGGACUGGGAUAUUUGACUGCUCAACAGAUUGGAGAUUAUGCUCCAAGAAAGGCUGGUACAAAUCUCAAGUUGUUCUUGCCUAUCCUCAAGGGGUCCAUGCCAAAGAUAACGUCGUGCUUGGUAGCUUCAAGGGCGCACCGAACGUGGACUCCAUAUUUGACUGGGUCAACUUGAACAUAGCAUCAAGAAUUCGAAAUAUGUACGACUUUCGAGAGAUCGAGAAAGAACGAAAACAAUACGAACAUAUCAAGGACAAACAAACACAAUGGGUCUCAGUUUAUUAUUUUUCCCAGUUACGGAAAAUUCCAAUGUUUUUAUCAUUCCUUAGUAUUAAGUUCACUGGCAGAGUCAAAUUUCGCCGUGUGAACAUCCACACAAAGGAAGGUAAAAAUGUGUUGAAAAGGUUAGGAUUUGGAAAAAGUCCUUUGUAUUUCAUUAUGACUCCGGAAAGAAAUUUUACAUAUGGUAAAGGUUAUGGCGAGUAUUACACAUACAGUUCCCUGGAAAUGUUCCUGAAGAUGUUAAACCCUGAAGUCAAUGAUAUGUUUAUGUUGAGCCUCCUGUUGUUGAACUUUUGUUGUUGUUUUGAGUUUUUUAUAAGACAAGGGGGACCAAUAAGACGAAUGAUGAAAUUGAUAUGGGCUCUUGGGAAAUAUAACUGUGCUCUUCUCAUGCUUUGGUUGCCAGUUCUUGGUCUGAUGAAGUUGCCCACCUCGGAACAUGUCCUUUUCUAUUUUAUGAAAUUUGUUCGACUUUUUAGUGGUUCUUCCGUAGCUGGCAUGGUACGUCAAGAUGUUCUCCUUGGAACGUACAAUUCAGACGUACUUCUUGCCACUUUUCUUAUCCUAGGUAUUAUUGUCGGUAUUCGCGAGUAUAAGCGCACAGGUGGGGUCGAAGAGGACAUGGCUAGUCCUGAUUGGUGGAGUGUGACGUGGGAUGGGUACACCAGUUACCUUUUCCAACCCAUGGCCACUCUCUCCCGACCAAUGACGCCACAAGAUUUAGACCUUGAGGAAGGUAUGGAGCUGUUGAUUGAGCGACUCGCCGUUCCCAACCUUUGGUUACAACCAAUGAUACAAAUUGACUACAUCAAACAUCUACCUGUAUGGCCGUACCACGGCCCAGUCACUGAUAGCCCGGUGUCCUCAGAUGGGGAAGGUUAUGAUAGUGGUACAGACACAACGGAUUGUUUUCUCCCUUCUGGGUCAGGUACAAAAUGUCACUUGUCGCAACUAGCAUCUGUAGAAACCAUCGGAACAACCUCGAUUGGGGCACCCUGUUUACCUACCAUUCAGGCUCCUAGUCUGCAGAGUUCAUCUGAAAUGACACGGCAUGCCUGUGCGAAUCUUAUCAUGGACGGUAACUACCAGUGCAUGUGUGCUAAAGAACACUCCAACAAACUAGACCAUUCAGAGAAAUCGGAAAAAGGGAAAUCGGUUGAUGUGGAAGCGAAUAAAGAGAAAAAAGAGAAUGUGAAUAAGAGUCAGACGAACAUUUGUAAGCAAGACAUUGAAAGUGAACAAAGAUCUACUUUUCCUGCUGGAAUGAUCUUCAGUUCUGAGUGUGUAAUCUGUCUUGAUUCUUACAAGUACGGUGUAUUGAUCUGUGGCCUGCCAUGUGGUCAUUCCUUUCACCAACAGUGCAUCUUGGAAUGGCUUGCAAGAGAUAAACACUGUUGCCCAGUGUGCCGUUGGCCAACAUACAAAUCUAAACGCAUACCCACUCACCGUCAUAAUGACUGAAACGUUUUUUCGGAGGGGGGAACCAAGACCAUCUUUACACUUGUGAGAUAUUCCUUUGAGUCGGGAACGAAAGAGGUUCUGGCAUUGAGGCAAAUUUUUUGUUAUGUCUCUCUCAGGUUGUGGAGUCAUCAUUCUCAAAAUCUGUAAGUCUCGCCAUUAACCAGUAUUCAUUGUGUCUUUGUCCCUUUUUUCAGACUGUCUAAGAAUAGGCUCUUGUACAAAUUGAAUUGUUGAUCGAUACACAGUAAUUCAUUCUAACACAAGCAAUAGAACAAAUGUGAAUAUAUAAAUGUUAGAAAAGACUCAUCGAAGUAAGCCCGCUAUAUCAUGACACCAAAUUUAUGUACUUCAAUUGAAUCAAUUUCUUGAAUUGACAAGACUUGCACGGUAAUGUGACGAGCUCUGUCAACUGUUGGGGCUAGUUGCAUGUGGAGAAAGAGGAGAAAAGAUAAAAAGCUUUAAUCUAAAUAGUGAUGAAUGAUAAGUUCUUAUAAAGGGCUUCUAUAAUGUGCAGCAAUCUCAAAAAGUUCUAGGAAGUGAUUGUACUUUGUAUAAGUCAAUUUAAGAUUGUUUUCCACUUUGGACUUGGUCCUAAUUGUGAUUUUUGGGUCAUCUGGUCCUGUGGGCAGAAUCUGAUGGAAUUUCAUUAUUGGACUAGUGGUGGUGGUGAUGUUUUAUCUCCCUUGCUUUACUGGUAAAUGAUAGUGCUAACAUGUGAUAGGACUAGACUUUGAGUCAGGAGUUGCACAGAGAUUGUGGCCAAAUAGAAAAACUUUGAGGAUUGUGUCCAAAAUGUUUUUGAAAUUCAGAACAAAUGCCAGAAACGUAUAAGUUUUGGAAGAUACCCAGUAGAGUUUCAAGCUGGUGGGGGAUUUUUACUUACACGGCAUGAAAGAGAAAGUUAUUCCGCUGUCAAUGAAUAUUGAGAAAUAAAGGAAUAUCC